AUGGAUCUACUUUGAUUUGGAUUAAAUUACCCAUGGUGGGUAAUUGUCAUCCCUACAUGAGAUCCUCGACGUCCCAGACCAUCAUCUCGUCCCUUUUUGAAUCUAAAGCCAAAUAGGAAGGAUACCCUUAUUCAUCUCCACAACUUCAUCCUAAUGGACAAGGUCCAAUCACAUAUGGCUCAAUCGAGUUCCAGCCGAGAGCCUAGUAAUCCUAGGGUGGCAUCUCACGUGUGUGGGGUUUUUAGUUGCCCCUAUAAUGUAACCCUAGCCAAUGAUGACACAGGGUAUAAAACAAUGUACAUGGCCAUCGGCCAGAACGAAGGAAAACUAAUAAGAUUUUAGCCUGGAGAGCAAAGCUCUCCCGUGGACUAGUCCCGAUCAUCGGGGAAACCACGUAAAUCAUUGUCUCGCGUUUUUCGUUUUUAUCAUGGUAUCAGAGCUGUGAUUCGAUUCCAGUUCAACACCCAACAUGGCCGACGAAGACUCUGCUGUCGAGACUCCACCCUCGGGUAAAUCAACGAACUCGAGUUCUGGAUCCAAAGACAUUGACGUUCACGAUCCUUUCUUCAUCCAUCAGUCAGAUAGCACCGAGCACCUUCACGUAAGCAGCCCGUUAACGCCAUCCAACUACAGCGAAUGGGUACUUGAAAUGACGGAUGCCUUGGUGACAAAGAAUAAGGUGGGAUUCAUCGAUGGAUAAAUCUCGUUACCCAACGGCGCCCCCCAUUUGUCGCGCGCGUGGCAUCGAUGUGAUGCUCUUGUUAAAGGCUGGUUAAGGACAUCCAUGGAUGUUGAAAUCCGUAGCAGUGAUGACUCGAUAUUUGCACAUGUUUUCCCCUUUGUUACUUGACUGUUUGAGCUUUAAUUAUCACUUCUUUGGCCUAUUUUACGCUAGGUUGUGUUCCUUUGUCACAUUUCAGGUCCUAGCACAUAAAGUGAAGCAUAGGCGCAAGUUUCAAGUCAAUCAGAGAUCAAUUGGCGAUUAGGGAGAAGAAACUCGGGCAUGACCUGAAGAAGAAUGAAUUUCUACCUCACUUUAUGGACAAAGAAUCAUGUAAGCUUUUCAUGAAAAGAAAGAGGACGAGACUACGAGCGUCUAGGAUCAAACGGCGACUGAUUCGGAGUCCGGACGAGGGAGAAACGAAGCAUUGAAUAUAGGGAAACAGGUUCGGCAGUAAAAACACGGGCUGGCAUAAAGAAAAACACGGACGUGUCCAUAUUUAGGCACGACCUUGUUUUGGACGACGAGGGCUGCUCGGGGAAAAACACGGGCGGGCAAAAGUAAAACACGGUCGUGUCCUUGACCGUGUUUUGCCCAUAAUAGAGUUUUUGAGGCAGAUUGAAGCCAAAGGAAAGGGAGAGCUGGGUUUUGGAUCUCAAACACCCAAGGGACUAACCAAAGAGAGAGAGGGCAAUUUGAGGGUACUCUUGGAGUGGAAUCGGAGGAAUUCUUCACCUUGGAAGCUCGAAGAACAAGCCCGGACUUGAAGACUUAUCAUCUGAAGAUUCUUACUGCAGUCUCUCUCUUCUCUAUGGAGUAACUUCCCUUCACUUAGGUUUUGAGGAACCCUAGCUAUGUUUGUUUGAUUGGAUGAUUGUAUGAGUACUCUUGCUUGAUAAUCUUGAGUUCAUAUUCAAUCUAUGCACGUUUUCAUGAUUCAAUUAUGCUUUAGUCGAGAUUAUUGAUUCUGCUUUGAUCCUAUGAGAGCGAAUACCAGAUUAGGUCAAUAGAGCACCAUAGUUUGAUAGUAGUGGAUCGAUUGCUUUAGUCGAGGGUUGAUUCACUGCUUUGUAUCGAUUGAGAACCUCUUUAGAGGGAGUCUAGUUCAGAACGCCUUGAUCGGUUGUUCUAGAGAAGGAUACGUCCCUCUAGGCAAUUGACUCAAGAGGGCCUUGUUCCUUUAGUCGAAACUCAAGGUCUAGUCAAGGAUUCUCCGCAUUGUGAAUGAAAGUGAAAAAAGUUAGAGAUCAUCAAUCAUUAAUCUGGCUAGUGGCUAGGGGGAAUCAUACCUAAGUGAGUUCCCAACCUGUAAUUAGAUUAACUUUAACUGUAGUUUGUUAGGGUAGUUUUAGUUCUUUCAUCUUAAUAUGGUUUGCUAGAUAAUGAACUGAAGCUGAGUAAUAGUAACUCUAGAGACCCGUGGAUUCGAUAUUUAUUACUUGAGCCACUAUACUGUAGUCCUUUUCAUUGGUUACACUUGGCCUUUGUUAGGAGUUAUGUCAUAGCAUGUCAAGUUUUUGGCGCCGUUGCUGGGGACUUUCUAGAUUAUUAGAAAAGGCAUAAGUUUGUUAUUUUAGCGUUUUUCUUUUCUUUCUUUUCCGCCCUUGCUUUUCACUUGGGUGUUUUUGUUUUUGUUGGUGCAGAUCUGAAUCAUGGAUCCUCAUGGCUUCUCUAACCAUUGGGGGUAUCCACCACCAUCCGAGUGGUAUUACCCCGAGACUCCCUGGAGCAAUCAAGGAGGAGAAGACUAUGUAUUCGGGUUCCAGUACCAACCCCCUUACUACGGAGAAAAAUCAUACCCCUGGGCAUAUCAAGAACAACCUCAUUACCAAGAAGACUUUCUCCCACAACCAGAAGGGCCGUCAGUGCUGGAGUUACCCAUGGCGGCCUUGACUCACUCCUACUAUCACUCUAGAAAAUGGCCAAGUGAAACCACUUCCUAAAGCGUAGUAUAGCGGGUUUGGGUUUUAAUGUCAACCCGGGUCCUAGAUGUGAUGACUACUCAGUGAAUUCUUAUUAUCUAGCGGUAAAACUUAAGUGCUGGUUCAAACAAGAAAAAACACAAAGCAAGUUAAACGGUUGUUUCAAGUCGAGAGAGGUCACCCGGAUAUGGUUCCCCCUAGACUGCAGUUAAGCCGGAUUGCAAUUACCAAGUUCAGUUUCCAUGAAAGUUAUACUGCGGAAGGUUCUUAAAUAGUCUGAAGUCUCGACUAAAGGUCUCCAAACCCUCUCAAUCUGAGUCCCCAGCGGCCGACUAACCUCCACCGGAGUAAACAGAUUGAGGCCCUAAUGAACCAAACUUCCACUACCGAAGCAGAUUCGGUACAGAAUAGUCUAUUGGCUCCUCGACUAAAGUUGCCAAUUCACUACCUUCAAUUAAGGGAGCUCUAUUAACCUAGGCAGAUAUUCUCAUUCUAGGCUAAAGCAGAAAUAACAGGAAUUUGAUCAGGAUUCAAGUCAUUCAAUCAUUCAAGCCUCAAUUGAAUAUAAUCAAAUCAUAAAAUUUGU